AUGUUCCGUUCCGCUAUUGUCCGUUCGUUGAGGGCUUCUAUGCCUCGUUCCGUCAGGACCCCGGCUGCUUUCCAGAUCCGUAGCUCCCCCGUGGCUCGUCCGGCUCAAUUCGCUCCUCGGUUUGCUUAUCAGGGUGUUCGCCUCUACUCCGCCCCUGCCGGUCUCGACAAGACUGAGGUCGAGGGUCGGAUAGUCAACCUCUUGAAGAACUUUGACAAGGUCUCCGAUGUCAGCAAGAUCAACGGCGCCUCUCACUUCACGAAUGACCUUGGACUGGACAGCCUGGAUACUGUGGAGGUUGUGAUGGCGAUUGAGGAGGAAUUCAGCAUUGAGAUCCCUGACAAGGAGGCAGACGGCAUCCUCAGUGUUGACAAGGCUGUUGAGUACAUCCUUGCUCAGCCCGAUGCCCACUAA